AUGACUACUAAAGAGUCAUUUUUCAUACCAAGGCUAGUGACUUUCAACGAGACAUUCGCUCCCUUGCACAAAGAUGAUAAUAAGUGUUAUGUCUGGCAUGAAGCUACUAGAGGACGCAAUGCUCCAGAUAUUGCCUCAACGUUCUAUCAUGUCAUUAAAAAUUCUAACCCAAACGUUAUGUCUUUUAUCUUUUGGAUGGAUAACUGCUCCGCCCAAAAUAAGAACUGGACGUUGUAUACAAUGUUUGCCUGUUUGGUGAAUGCAGAUUGGGGACCGGAAAACAUCAUUGUGAAGUACUUUGAGCCAGGACAUUCUUUUAUGAAGGCUGAUUCAGUACAUGGACAAAUAGGACGCGAGUGGAGAAAGCGUAAACAAAUAUUGGACGUUAAUGAUUUUGUUGAUGUGAUAAAUGCAUCGUCUAAGAAAAAUAAACCAAUAGUUAUGCGUCACAGUGAUUUCUAUCCUUUUAUCGAUGGCUCCAAACAACGCCGUAAAAAUAUAUCUGGGGAAGUAAAUAUUCCGCUGUUAGACCAAAUCAAGAUUGCCGAGUUCAGAAAAGGUUCCAGGUCUCUAUUCUACAAAACAUCGUUUGAUGAGACUGAAUACGCUGAGGCGAACUUUUUAAAGAGUAAGUUUGAUAUAAAUCAGCAGCCUGUAGCUUAUAGUAAUGAUAGAGGGAUCAACACAGCAAAAAAACAAAAAAUAGUUGAAGAACUAUGUCCUGCGAUGGAAUCCAGAAAACAACUAUUUUGGAGACAAUUACCAACAAAUGAUGAUGUACCUGAUCUUUUAUGUCGAUCGGGAGAAUCUGCAUAA